AUGUUCAGCGGUGGACUCGAACAGGCAGAAGUCGUGACGAUGACGAUGACGAUGGCAAUUACGCCGGCGAUGAUGUUGAUGACCUUGGCGUGGUCCCUGUGGACGCGGGCGGCGCGCGCGGUGAGCGAGUGCAGGUCGGUGCCCCUCGCCUUGUCGCCCGCCAGCACGGCCCACCCGAAGGCCGUGCCCCCGCACACGCCCGCCCCGCUGUCGCCCAGCAGCGCCGCGAUCCACAGCUCCUGCCGCCCGCGUUACCAAAACGAACACUGUUCG